AUAAAGUUGUUUUGAAACAAGAUGGCGGUGUGGACGCCGCUGUCGUUAAAGAUGUCACCGACAGCCUCUCUGGGCUGCACUUGGCUCCGGAGAGAGCGACCAUUCCCCAAAAAGCUGCUGACAACUUGGCCGGGCUUUUGUGGACGAGGAUACGCCGUGGAAGCCCCACGUGAGGCGGCCCCGGCGGAGGUGGAGACGGGCGGUGUGACUGCCGCCGGCUUCAGCGGGCCCCUGGACCACUACAGCGGGCUGAUCCGGGAGGGCACCCUGCGGGAGGACGAGCACCAGAGGGCGGUGAUGCUCAGACUGGACCAGCUGCACAAAACCCUGCGGGGAUACAGCAACACACCCACGUCCAUCUUCCAAAAAUUUUUCACCAAGCCCAAACCUCCAAAGGGUUACUAUAUUUACGGCGACGUCGGCACGGGGAAAACGAUGGUGAUGGACAUGUUUUAUUCGCACGUGGAGACGGACAAGAAGAAGAGGGUGCACUUCCACGGCUUCAUGCUGGACGUGCAUAAACGAAUCCAUCGACUGAAGCAAAGUCUGCCCAAAAGGAAAGUGGGCAAAAUGGCCAAGUCUUACGACCCCAUCGCGCCGGUCGCCGAGGAGAUCAGCGAGGAAGCUGCCCUGCUCUGCUUUGACGAGUUCCAGGUCACCGACAUCGCCGACGCCAUGAUCCUCAAGCAGCUCUUUGAGAACCUCUUCCUGAAAGGCGUGGUCGUCGUGGCGACGUCCAACAGGCCCCCUGAAGACUUGUAUAAAAACGGGCUGCAGAGGGUCAACUUUGUGCCUUUUAUUGCCGUAUUGCAGAAAUAUUGCCAAACUCUUCGUCUGGAUUCGGGCAUCGACUACCGCAGGAGGAACAGGCCCUCGGCGGGGAAACUUUACUUCCUAUCCGGCGAGGCCGACGCGGAAGCCGCGCUGGAUGAAAUGUUUGAGCGGCUGGCCUUCAAGCAGAACGACAUGACGCGACCCAGAGUCCUCAACGUCCACAACAGGAAAGUGCGUCUGAGCAAAGCAUGCGGCACCAUUGCAGACUGCACCUUUGAGGAGCUGUGCGACAGACCUCUAGGGGCCAGCGACUACCUGGAGAUGUCGCGUCUGUUCGACACCGUCUUCAUCCGCCACAUUCCUCUCCUGACGCUCAACAAGAAGACUCAAGCGAGGCGACUCAUCACGCUGGUGGACGCUUUCUACGACCACAAGGUGCGUGUGGUCCUGCUGGCCCAGCACCCGCUGGAGGAGCUCUUUGUCCACGAGGAGGACCACCACGCCCACGACGAGAGCCACAUCCUCAUGGACGACCUGGGACUGAAACGAGAAGAAGCCAGCAGUUUGUCCAUCUUCAGCGGAGAAGAGGAGAUGUUUGCCUUCCAGAGGACUGUUUCUAGACUGACGGAGAUGCAGACGGAGGAGUACUGGCUGCAGGGCGACCGCAGCAGCAGGUCCUAACGUCGUCGUGUCGCACAAUCACUAAUCACUCCUUGUGCACAAAAGUAUUUAUUGCAAUAUAUCAUGACGACCUUGCACUUUACAUGGACGAUCUGACCUUUUUGGCACGGAGGUCCAACUCCGUUUUGGUUCUAGGGGACAUUUUCCUUCAAUACCGUGCAAAU